AUGCUUACACAAGUCCUCCUCCUGGCCUCGGCGAGCCUUGCCCUGGCCCAGUCCUCGACAGCUGCCCUUCCAGCAGCCAGCCCCAUCACUAUCGUCGGAGGAGCCUACAACGGCCAGCAGAUCGUAGGCUACCACGUUGGGGCAGCCCAGGACUUCCAAGUCGCGCUAUCAUCGGUUCCUCAGGCCAGCAGCGGAGACACAUUCUACUACAACUCAACAUCCAGCCUGUUCAUGGACACAUCAGUCUUUGAGGGUGAAGGACUGCCAUGCUAUAUCAUUAAAGCGUCUGAAUACUCGACCAACUCCGGUCCCCUCGAGUGUGGUGCAGCUACCGAUGCGUCAUACCCUUCAGCCGGUACGCUGGGCAGUGAUGGCUCCGUCAACAUCAACGGUAUCCAAAGCUGGUGGGUUUGCUCUGUCAACACCACUAAUCCGUACGGCGUCAUUGCGAACACCGUCGUCGGCGGUUUCUCAGCUGCUGUGCCAAAUGGACCCGGCAUGUUGAAUUGCUCGGCCAUCACCGGAUUGAAACUGGCUGGUGGUAGCGUGUUCUCAUCUACGACGUCGUCUACUACUGUCCCGCCGAAAUCCUCGUCGACCACAACUCUUCCUCUUUCUUCAUCCUCCAAGAGCUCAGACAGCUGGGGCACUUCGACCACCGUGACCACCGCUGCGCCAGUGACUACCACGGUACCUGCAUCGUCGUCUAAGGCGCACUCCUCUUCUACUUCGCCAGCGGCCUCCACGUAUACAGGAGGUGCUUCCGCCAAGGAUAUCUCGAAGCUGGGCAUGCUCGUUGCCGGUGGUGUAGCUAUGCUUCUUUGA